CUAUCAGGGCAGCUCACACGCUUCCAAAUCCCAGAUUAAAAACCCCCACCUUUCUUUUCAACCAGCAAUACUCCUACAAGUCUCCCCCCUCUCUCUUUUACCUUGUGUAACUGUACUGAGCGUGGAUUACUAAGCGUUGAGGCAAAGCGGGGGGCUCUGACAGGCUCCAACCAGAAUGGUGAGGUGGUUUCAUCCUAACAUCACCGGAAUCGAGGCAGAACACCUCCUCCUGACACGGGGCGUCCACGGCAGCUUUCUAGCGAGACCCAGCAAAAGCAAUCCAGGAGAUUUCACUCUCUCCGUCAGGAGGAACGAUGAGGUCACCCACAUUAAAAUCCAGAACUCGGGGGACUAUUAUGACCUGUACGGUGGGGAGAAAUUUGCCACACUGGCUGAGCUGGUGCAGUACUACACCGAACAACAAGAUUCCCUUCGGGAGAGAAACGGAGACGUUAUCGAGCUCAAAUACCCUCUAAACUGCAAGGACCCCACAUCUGAGAGGUGGUAUCACGGACAUUUGUCGGGAAAAGAUGCUGAAAAGCUCCUCCUGGAAAAAGGCAAGUCUGGCAGCUUCCUGGUGAGAGAGAGUCAGAGUAAACCAGGAGACUUUGUGCUUUCCGUCCUCACUAAUGAAGAAAAGCAUGAAAAUGUGGACCGCAAGACUAAAGUUACACAUGUUAUGAUUCGCUUUCAGGAUGGGAAAUAUGAUGUAGGAGGCGGUGAAAGGUUUGACACUUUAGCAGAUUUAGUGGAGCAUUACAAGAAAAACCCCAUGGUGGAGAAGAGCGGAAUUGUUGUGCACCUUAAACAGCCAUUCAAUGCCACAAGGAUAAAUGCAGCUAACAUUGAAAACAGGGUGCGAGAAUUAAAUAAAGUUGCCGACAAUUCAGAGAAACCCAAGCAAGGCUUCUGGGAAGAAUUUGAGGUUUUACAGCAGCAGGAAUGUAAACUCCUUUAUCCCAGGAAAGAAGGACAGAGACCAGAAAAUAAGAACAAGAACAGAUACAAGAACAUUUUACCAUUUGACACCACAAGAGUACAAAUCAAGGAGGUGGAUCCUGACGUUCCUGGCUCUGAUUACAUCAAUGCUAAUUACAUACGAAGCACGCCUGAAGAAGGCCGUCAUACGGAUGAAGGUAAAGUGUUUAUUGCCACACAGGGUUGCCUUCAGAACACAGUUUUAGACUUCUGGAAAAUGGUGUACCAGGAAAACACUCAUGUUAUCGUCAUGACAACCAAGGAGAUGGAGAGAGGACGGAAUAAGUGCGUCCGGUAUUGGCCGGAUUUAAAUUCAACGAGGGAGUUUGGGAAGUUGAGUGUAAAGAACAUUGAGGAACACACAGCUCAGGACUACAUACGACGAGAACUGGAGGUCACACGUCUAGAUAGGAGGGAGCCUCCCAGGUGUAUCUGGCAUUAUCAGUACUUGAGCUGGCCUGAUCACGGCGUUCCCAAUGAACCCGGAGGGGUCCUGAGCUUCCUAGAGCAAGUAAACAGAACCCAGAGCGCCAUUCCAGAGAGUGGACCUAUAGUGGUUCACUGCAGUGCAGGGAUUGGAAGAACAGGCACGAUUAUUGUGAUUGACAUCCUUAUCAACAUCAUAAACAGGCAAGGAUUGGAUUGUGACAUUGACAUCCCAAAGACCAUUCAGAGAGUACGCCAGCAGAGAUCUGGUAUGGUUCAGACUGAAGCCCAGUACAAGUUUAUCUACAUGGCUGUGCAGCAGUACAUCGAUACUGCUCAGAAGAGACUUGAAGAAGAGCAGAGAAAUAAAACAAAAGAGAGAGAAUAUUCAAAUAUCAGGUAUCCACAGAUGACAAAUGCCAGAGCGAAGCCAAACAUGAGCUCAUCUCGCUCUUCAUCUGUAAUGAACGAUGACUCUAGUGUGUAUGAGAACUUAAACAUCAAAAACCCAAAGGGCUCUGCCAGCGCUAACACCAGGAGAUAAGCCACAUGUGCCGCUGAUUCAGAAUCUAUGGAAGUUCAAGAAGAGGUGCCCGUAUAGAAGCACCUGUCCUUGGUGCGACUCUGAACCACGGCUCUGAAUAGACCGUCGGCUCUUAUCCCGAAGCUGCUCAUCUGGAGGCUGAGUCGAGAACUCUACAGUUUUUCUCUCCUUAUUUCUUACAUCCCUCUCAGCCUGACUGUGACUGAGAUACUCACACUCCUAAACCAAGUGCCUGAAAGCAUCCGAAACUGUUCCCAGGAAGAGGACUUGAAAUUGGGUGCUUUCCCCCCUUUUAAUCGAAUAAGCCUCUAAACUGCACUAAGCUAUACAAUUGUUUGUUUAUAUAUGUAUCAAAUACAUUUACUCAAUAUUUAUAUAAAAUAUAACUUUCACUUGGAUAAAGCUGCGCUCUUUCCGUUCUCUGUACGGCUGUUUCCAGACUCUGCUUUGCUGGAUGUCAUCUGCUUUAACCAAAGACCUUUGAUUUAUCUCUCGGUAUCUUUACGGGCAACCGCCAUUAGCUCUGUGAUGAGUGAUGUUGGCAGCGCUGUGAUGUCAGAAGAGGAGAACUGUACUGUACAGUAUGUCAGACCUCAUGAACCCCUCGCUUUUUGACAGGGGUAUGAGAGGUUAUGAACAUGGAGGAGCUUUGAGAGUUUGGUCAAUGUUUGAUCAAUAUAUUGGAUAUGCUAAGUAGGUGUUUUAAAUUCGGUACUGGGGUUUAUAUAGUUUGUGCCAAUUACAGCAUCCUGUAUAUAAUGUUUGUGAAAGCUUUUGCUUUCCUCCAGCCUUUUGAAAAGUGCUACUGGCUUAUCCACCAAUCAGGCUCUUCAACAGGUUCCUCCAAUUCUGCUUAGGCUUUCUUGUUUUUUUUUUUUGUUUGUUUGACUUUUUUGCCAACUAUGAUCCCUUUAGAAACUUUGAUAUUUUGUUGUGAUGUUUGUGAAUGUGAUUAUGAACCACAGAUGCAGAUCUAUUUGGCAAGUGUUUAUUCGAAUCGCAGAAACGUAAAUAUGUGACCACAUAUAUUUCUUAUAAACAGGGUAUGUGUGUAUUACAGCCUGAUCUAAAUGGCGUGGUCUAAUAACAUUCGAUAAGCCAUAGAGCUCUGCAGUACGUCAAUUGCAUGUUAAUGUAAAUGAAGAAUGGAUUUUUACUAAACAUCUGCAAGGGGGUUGCGUCAGGAUGCCGGCCAAGCCGUUGACGUGUACAGGCUUCGGUGAAGACUUUAGCUAAAAUGAGAAGGCCAGAUGGCCCUCGGCUAAGAUUAAAGAAUAGAUUUGUGUAGGGAAAAGUAAUUUCAAAGAUGGCUCUAAUCCAGGCGUUGCUAUUGUUGGUUGAGUUUAGCGUUGCUGGUGAUGUCAUAACAUGCUAUAUGUGUGUUGGCCUAGAUAAAGCAGGGCACGAUGUGUCUGAUUAAUAACAGCGUUUGACUGUGAAAGUGGCAUUAGGGUUGGCCACAUGAGGAGCUUGGAUCUGUGUACUGUAUAAAAUGUGGAUUUUAUACAGAAGUUUUAGUUUUUAUUAGAUCUCUUGGGAGGUUUUAUAGGAAUGUCACUGCAUAUGACAAUCGUUUUUAAUCAUACAUGUGGUCUGUUUUAAGCACAUAGGAUUGUGCUGGUCUUGAAUGACUGACUGAAUGAAUUUUGAUCUGUGAUUUAUGUACCCGAUCAUGUAAGAGUAUUAACUUGCAGUGUGGUAAGGUGACCAGAUGGCUUGGUUUUUCGCGGGCAGUCCUGUUUUUUGGUGUUUGGUCCUCCACAAACCCAUGACGAAAGCAUUCAAAAAGCUAAUAACAGAUAGGAUUUCAAUAUUUUGACCAUUGAACUAGGAAAUGUCCCUGCUUUUUAUUUAAAGGGGACAUAUCAAGAAAAUCUGACUUUUUCCAUGUUUAAGUGCUAUAAUUGGGUCCUCUGUGCUUCUAUAAACCUAGAAAAUGUGAAAAAGGAACAACCCAUUAACUUAGUAUUGAUAAACCAUUCUCUGCAAGCAUGUGAAAAUAGGUCAUUGAAAUUUGGCUCCCCUUGUGAUGUCAGAAGGGGAUAAUACCGCCCCUUAAUCUGGACUAUCCAACCAACACUGCUUUUUAGUGAAGAGAUCAGCUAAUUUGCAUUUAAAAGGACUCACCCAAAAAUGGCACAUUUGUGCUCACACCUACAAAGAGGCAAUUUUAACAUGUUAUAAUAAAUUAUCUACACCGAGGAAAAUAAGUAUUUGACACAUCAGCAGGGGAUUCACUAACAAAGGUUUUUCAACAAAGUAUUAAAUAAAGUGUGUUCAAUACUUAUUCCCUGCAUCAUUUCACUUUAUUUAUUAUGACUCAACUUGUAUACUUAAAUGUUCUGAUUUCUUUGUAUGAAUUCAAUAUUUGGCUUGAUGCCUACAUCUGGUUGAAAUUUUAUAUCAAUAGCCCACUUAGAAAUCCCCUUACUAUAAAAAUAAAAAUGCUGUCAAAUACUUAUUUUUCCUGCUGUAUAUAGUUUUUGAGCUACAACUUCGCAUAAGUACUCUGGGGACACCGAAGAGUAUUUUGACAUCUUAAAAAAGUCUUGUAAAAUCUGAUCACCUUACAGUAUGAGAGAAAAGUGUUAAAAAUAAAGGUACACAGUGAUGCCAUAAAAUAACUAUUUUUGGUUCCUCAGAGAACCAUUCAGUCAAAGUUUCUUUAACGAACCAUUUCUUUCCCAUUUUUUUUAUAAUCUAAAGAAACGUUUCACUACAACAAAACUCAAAAUUAUUUUGUGGCAUCGUAAAGCACCUUUAUUUUUAAGUGUAUGCUCAUGUCUUGUGCUACUGGUAUAACUGAAUGCUUUGUAAUUUUAAGUGACAUGAAGACAAGUACUUGAAUUGAACAGGAAUCAGAAUGUUAUAAAGUACGUCCUCUGUGUUUCGCCAUCAGUGUAGUAUUUUUUGCUUUUUUGGUCUGUAAAUUUUACUUGUUUGUUCAUACACUGAUGGAAAUAUUCAAAUUUAGCACAAUGUGUUAGAAUGCAUACAAUUAUUGUUAUUAUUAAUAUUAUGUAAAGCAUUGGCAGUUGUGAACCUAUUUGCUAUUUCCGUUUUAAAGUCUUCUCUAUACAUUUACUUGAAUACUCUCUUGGUGAGUUUUUUUUAUCUCAAUAGGUUUGAUCUGAAUAGUGUUGUGCUGACUGUAUGGUAUUUGUGUGGUAAAGACUGUGUUCCUUCUUGCACUGGUUCAGCCUAAAAUGCCUUCUGCCCGGGCAAAUACAGCUGAUGUAAUAACUUGCGUCUCAAGUGACGAUACAUGAUUAGAUAUUGAAUAAUAAAGCAUACACUGGCAAAUUUA